GAGGGAAACCCGGGGCAGGAAUGUCGAGGCGAGUUUGCCUCCUCCGAGCUCUCGGACCUUGAAGGAGGGAGCAGCCCGGCAGGGCCGACGGUAUUCUGGUCGGGACUUCAUCGUCGUUGCGUCGUUGCGCUAUCGAGCUUAGGGUUGAAGCCUCGGGAAAGAAACGAGCUCCGUGCGCUGGAGCACUCACUGCGUCUUGGCUCGGCUCGGCUCGGCUCGGCUCGGGCUCGCGGACGCAGGUCACUGCGCGUGGAUCCGCGGACAUUGAUGGAAGCAUGCUCAGUCCAUAGAGGUGAAUAAUAUGAAUAUCAUGGAGCGAUGGAAGAAGGCAUAGGUGUGUUCGGGUUACAGGGCGGGUAGCGGUGACGAGCAGGGCAAUCGGACCCAUCCUUAUCGGAAUUGGAAAUUUGGUACUUUUUAGCUUCCGGUGUUGACUGACUGCCUACGGUUGUACAGUCCCGGUACGGUCAGCAAUUAGAGUGGGCUAGGCAGCUGAACUCCGCGACACUGGACGUAAAUUUUAGCUCGGUUCCAAAUUGAAGGGUGCGAACGCAUACAGGUGCAGACAGGUGCGAACGCCUGACAAGAUGUCGACGAAAAGUGAGGCUCAGUUAGCUGACAUCGGGAAGCGAUUGGCACCGUCUCAACCGAAAGAUGCACUCCUCAAGCUUCUGAAGCAAGCGGCAGUGCUUCUACAAGAAGUGGAGCAAUCCCCUCCCGCCAGCACAGUUGCAGCGAUGAAAGCUUGUACUGAGGCCUUAGUACUGCCAUCGCUUCUAAGGCAUAAGGAUAAAGAUGUGAAACUUCUCGUAGCAUCUUGCAUCAGCGAAAUUAUGCGAAUUGUAGCUCCAGAGGCACCGUAUGAAGACGACGUCUUGAAGGAUAUAUUUAAUCUGAUUGUGACGAUCUUCCAAGGACUAAACGAAGUUUCCAGUCCAUCUUUUCCAAGGAGAGUCAAUAUACUCGAAACAGUCGCCAAAGUCCGGUCUUGUGUCGUCAUGUUGGACUUGGAAUGCGACGACCUCAUUCUCGAAAUGUUUCAUGUUUUUUUCAAUACCGCAAGUGAGGAGCAUCCUCAAAAUGUAUUUGUAGCAAUGCGAAACAUACUGGCGUUGGUCCUGGAAGAGAGUGAAGAGGUUUCUCAACCUCUGCUGGAGGCUGUUCUGACGAACCUUCUUAAAGACAAUAAAGGCGUUUCUCCAGCAGCGCACAAGCUGGCCGUGGCAGUAGUGGAGAGAUGUGCUGACAAGCUGGAGCCUUAUGUCCAAAAGUUCCUCACAUCAGUAAUGCUUGAAGGGAAGGGGUCAGAAAGCGAGUUGCAGGAGGAUUACCACGCCAUUAUCUACGAGAUCUACCGUUGUGCGCGACAAAUGCUAAUUGCUGUCAUCCCUAAUCUGAUCCGAGAGUUAGUGACAGAUCAGGUUGAUGUGCGGCUGAAAGCUGUGGAGCUUCUCGGGAGACUUUUUGCUCUGUCUGGACAGCAUGUCGCACAGGAGUAUAAGCAGUUAUUUUCGGAGUUUCUUAAAAGAUUCUCUGAUAAAGCUGUGGAAGUGAGAUUGGCUGUUGUUGCAUGCGCCAAGGCAUGCUUGGAAGCGAAUCCUUCGGGACCAGAAGCAACCGAUAUUUUGGCCGGACUCGAUGACCGCCUUUUGGACUUCGACGACAAAGUACGAAUGUCGGUUGUGGAAUCUUUGUGCGAUCUUGUUAAUACCAAUCUAAAAUGGGUACCGAUGGAUAUGAUCAGACGAGUCGCGGAUCGGCUACGAGAUAAAAAGGUGUCUGUGAGGAAAUAUACGCUCCAGAAGCUGGCUCAAGUUUACCGGACUUAUACCUCCAAGUGCAAGGAAGGGUCGUUGACAGUAGAUGAGCAACAUGAGUGGAUACCUAGUAAAAUUGUCCGAUGUGCUUAUGACAAGGAUUUCAGACCCCAGGGUAUCGAGAUCGUGUUUACGGACGAGCUAUUUAGUGCCGAUCUUCCAAUUGAGCAGAGAGCAAAACAUUGGGUUGCAAUGUUGGGUUCUUUCGAUAAGAACGAUGAGAAGGCUUUUCGAAACAUUUUGGGGCAGAAGCUAAGGCUACAAAUGGAGAUGCAGAAUUAUCUCACAAUGAGACAAAAGAGCAAGGAGGAAGAUACUCCGGAGCUUCAAAAGAAGAUACAAGCUUGCUUCAAAGCAAUUGCCGCGUCAUUUGUCGAUGCCACUAAGGCUGAGGAGAAUUUUCAAAAACUGCAUCAAAUGAAGGACAAUUAUAUCUUCAAAUCACUGAACACAUUGUUGAGCCCCUCGACUCUCUUCGCACAGGCGCAGGCUACAAGGGAUGAGUUGCUGAAGAGGAUUGGAGAGAAACACCCGCAGCAUGACUUUAUCAAGACGCUUGCCACAAAGUGCUCGUUCCUACUUUUUAACAAGGAGCAUGUUAAGGCAGUCUUGAAAGAAGUUUCCAUUAACAAGCUCUCUGGAAAUAAGGAGUUUGUAGCAUCUAGCUUGUCUCUGCUUGUGGAAUUCGCUGGUUUUUUCCCAGCCUUGUUGGAAGGUACAGAAGGUGAUCUUCUGGAGCUACUCAAAGAAAGUGAUGAAUCAAUCAAAGAAGGUGUCGUUCACAUUCUAGCCAAAGCAGGUGGUUCGAUACGGGACCAGAUUGCAGACAAAGAAAGUGCCGUUGAUUUGACCCUCGAGCAGCUCUGCUUGGAGGGUAGUCGCAAACAAGCAAAACAUGCUGUUUCUGCAAUCGCUGCAAUAUCAGCGGAUUCGGGUCUGAAGGCUUUGUCAGUGUUGUACGGGCGACUUGUUGAUUUGCUGGACGAUUUGUUGAAAGCCCAUCUCCCGACGAUUCUUCAAUCACUUGGUUGUAUAGCCGAGAUUGCCAUGCCUGUUUUUGAGACUCGUGAAGAGGAAGUCGUGCGCUUUGUAGUACGGAACCUUCUAAAGCGCGAAAGAGUUCAGGAGGAAGGGUGGAAACCUGACUGGGAAAAUCCUAGCGAGGAAUGCUUGUUGAAGAUUUACGGUCUCAAAGUUCUCGUGAAGAGUUUCCUACCAAUCAAAGACUCCCAUUUGCGUACUUCCAAGCUGAAAGGACUCCUUGGAGUGGUGGCCAAGCUCCUCACAAUUGGAGAGGUCUCAGAAGAUAUUAAGUCAAGUGACAUCGACAAAGCUAAUCUCCGCCUUGCUACUGGAAAAGCAGUUUUGCGCCUUGCUCGGCGCUGGGACCAACAGAUUUCCCCCAAUAUUGUCCAAUCUACUCUGCUCUUGGCUCAUGAUCCUUCAAUUCAAGUGCGGCAAAAGUUUUUACUGAAAGUUCAUCAGUACUCCAAGGAACGUUCUCUACAUCAGAAAUAUGCCUGCGUUUUCGCACUGGUUGCUGUUGACCCUUCUAAGGAAAUCGUGACAGAUGGAAAACGGUUCUUGGCUGAUUUCGUUGAGACUUGUCGACGAGAGGCUCGAUCACGUCAGGUCUCACUUUCUGGACAAAUCGAAGGGACCACUAUAACUUACCAUCCUGAAUACGUACUUACUUACCUGGUUCACGUACUUGCGCACGAGGCGCUCUUUCCAGCCGAUUCGACUACCGAUGUUUCACAAUAUGAGCUUGUUUACAGGCAGCUUUUAGCAUUUCUGCGCGCGUUGGUCCACCAAGAUGGAGAUGGCCGCAGUGAUCUGGGAAAGAAAGAAGACGUUGACAAUUUACCGGCCAUUUUAGCAAUAUUCCGCAGUAUCAAGAAUGCAGAAGAUCUUGUGGAGAAAGACAAUUCUAAGUCAUUGUAUACUGUGUGCGAUAUCGGUAUUCUCAUCACUAAGGACCUCGGCAAGAAAAAGCAUUAUUCUGGGGAAUACCCCGGGAGUAUACCUCUGCCUGCAGCCCUUUAUAAAGUAGUGGAAGCUUUGGAGGGUGAAGAAGCACCACAGCCGAAGGUUGAUGGAAGUCAUCUGCCUUCCUGCUUUUCGGAGAAGGAUGUUUUGACCCGAUUUCGCACUGGGGGUGGUACUUCUCGCGCUGGCCAGCCCGCAAGUCCUCGAGGGCAUAAACGAGAAAGGAGAAGUCUGGAUGAAGAUUCUUCGUCUGACGAAGGAGAGAAGGACGACGAGGGUGAUCCUCAAUCGAAGAAGGUGAAGCACAGUGAUCCAACGGACGGCGCAGUAGAAUCACGGGAGGAUGACGACGUAGAAGAUGCGUCACUUGCUAGUUCAAAGCCUACCCGUGGUAGGAAGAAGUCAAAUGGUGACAGUCAGAAGAAUGGGAUGAUGAAGUUACCUGUGAAGCAGAAGAAGGACACUGAAGAAGUUACCCCAAAGCGGAAGAGGGGACGACCUGCUAAGAGCAGCAAGCCCCCGGUCCCCGAAGAAGUUGAGCAUUCAGAAGAUUCUGCUGCUGCUGCUACCAAACAAGAAGAAACAAUGGACAAAGCAAAGGGCAAGAAACUGUUGGUAGAUAAACAAUUAGCCAAGAAGGAUAAUCAGGACGUCCAGAAAACAUUGCCUGAAAUGUUCAGGAAGAAGCCAGUUCGUGGUCUUAAGGUCGGUUCUGAAGAAGCGGGCAAAGACGAUGCCCAAGAAGGGAAUAAGAGAUUGGCAGAAUCUACCCGGAGUCCCGCUAUAACUCCAAGAAAGGCACCACAAAGAGCUAGUGCCUCGGCCGUGGAAAAAACUCCUCCUACUAGCAAGGUGGACAUGGAUAGGAAAGAGGAGGAGCUUAUUGGUUGCAAAAUCAAAGUUUGGUGGCCUCUUGACAAACGAUAUUAUAGAGGAACAAUCACUCAUUAUGAUGCGAAGAAGAAGAAGCACAGGGUAAUUUAUGAUGAUGACGAGGUUGAGAACCUUAUUUUGGCGAAUGAACAGUUUAUAAUUUUUGACAGUUCAAAGGCGCCUCCGAAGAAGGUGACACCGGAGAAAGCUGUCGCGACACCUUCCGGAAGCGGCCAGUCAGGGAAGCUGAAACGAAAAGCGGCAGUUCAGACAGUGGACAACGGUAGUCAAAGCCCUGGACCUUCAGAUAAGAAGAGGGCCACUACUCCCAAAGGCGGGAAGGACUCUGGUGCACAUAGUCUGCAAGGAGUGGGUAGAGGCCUUGCCCAAGCGAAGAGCGGAAGUUUGUCUAGUCCAACUGCAAAGAAUUCCAAAAGGUCUGCUUCCAUCUCCGCCGGACCUUUUGCCUUCAGCGAUGAAGAUCUUGAGGAGCCUGCCAAUGAGAAAGGAGGUGGAAAGCAAGCGAAAGGUUCAUCUGCUCAGUCCGCUAGCAAGGGGAUCACAAACAUUAAGUUCAAAAGGAAGGCUGACAGUGAUUUGGCCAAAGAAGUUGUCGAGAGCGAACAAUCUAAGGAGAAAGCAGGGAAGGAGAAGCUGAAAGAGAAAGUAGAGAACGAGAAGCCCAAAGAAAAGGUGGACAAAGAUAAAGCUAAAGACAAGGUGGACAGUGAAGCUUCUAAAGAGAGGUCAGACAGUGACAGGUCGAGGGAGAAGACAGAGAAUGAGAAACUUAAAACCAAAGCAGAUACGGAGAAGGAGAAGUCUAAAUCCAAAGCUGAAUCAGAGAAGGAGAAAACCAAAGAGAAGGUUGAAACUGAGAAGGAGAAGACGAAAGCAAAGGCAGAUUUGGAGAAGGAAAACGCUAAGCUCAAGGCAGAACUUGAAAGUCAAAAGGCGAAGGCAAAGGCAGAUUUGGAGAAGGCAGAGAAAGAGAAGGCCAAGGUGAAGGCUGAGCUGGAGAAAGCGAAGGCAAAGGCGGAGGCAGAGAAGGCAAAGUUGGAGGCCGAGAAGGCAAAGUCUAAACCAGAGGCAGAGAAGCCCAAAGCCAAGGUAGAUGGGGAGAAACCCAAGUCCAAGCCGGAAGCUGAGAAGCCGUCUAAGACCAAAUCGGAUGGUGAGAAAUCCAAAGGGAAAGCAGAUGGUGAGAAGACGAAGACAGUGGAGCUUGAUCAAGCUAAAGGGAAGGCUGAGAAUGAGAAACCGAAGGAGGUCGCUGAGACCGAGAAGUUGAAGGGGAAGGUGCCGGAUGAGACUGUCAAGGCUAAAGGUGAAGCUGUGACAUCCAGUGAAAAGGCUGACACUGAAACUUCGCAAGAGAAGGUCGAUGAUGAGAAACCCUCGGAUGAAUCUCCUGCCAAGAGCACUGAAGAGGCAGGUGGGACGGUAGAACCAGGGAAGGUCCAGCUUCAAACUGAGUCUGAGAAGAAAGCAGAAGCUGAUUCUUCCACAAAAAAGUCCACUUCAAAUAGCAAAAGUGCUGAGCCAGAAGCCGAGUCUAAGAAAGACGACGAUGACGAACCUCUGUCAACCAAAGGGGAAGCGGGACUCUAACAUCUUAAUUUAUUUGGACCUCCUCAAGGUGGUUCUUUGGCGUUCGAUGACACUGUGAUGUUUGAGUGGUCAAUCGCUCAGGUCACCUUGCAGUAACAAACUGGAAGAGUUUGUGUGCUUGAUACGGAUGGACAACUUAGAUUACAUGAGCCAGCAAAGCACGAUUCUCAAUAGAAUCCGACCACAGGUGGAGUCGUCUGAAAGAAAGCUACAAGACGCGCGGGUUCUAUUUAAGACCACUGUAACUAAGCUUUGUAUCCCUUGUUCUCUUCCAGUCUCACCAAGCAACCAUGGUGUAGGUUGUGGAGAGGCUUGCCCCUGCGAGUGUUGAUCUCUACAAUCCCUUUGAUGGUGACAUCCUGAGUCUUCGAGGUCUCUGAAGUUUAUCUUUAUGUAUAGGUUCCAGAGCAGUCAAUAUUUCAAGCCAAGAAGCACUUCGAGUCCUUCCCCCGAUAUUAAUUCCAGUUGCCUCAACGGGAGGAGAUUCGUCGCACAUCUAGAUUUGAUGCGUCACUGUAUAUUGCCGUGUACAUAAGGUGCCCAGGGUUCUUGGUCUCAGGGGAUGUGAAAUUUUGAGGUUGGUAGGAACAUUCAUGCGUAGCUGCUUAGGGUGAUGUGCUUAAUCAUAGGGGAAGUGGAAGAGUUCAACAUUUUCACUGUUUGAAUCAUUACCUGCUUUCGAGGUCAUGGAGGAUUGUGUUAGUAGUAACUGAGAGCAACACUUCCUCGAUACUGUUGCCUUGUUUGGCUCCGGGACGUGAUUUAUAUAGAAAGGAUUGGCGAUUAUGCCACUUCGUCUUGAUCUCAAUAUCGUCUGCACAACGCUCAAUUACACUUUCCAGCAACAUAUAUGAUAUGGAUGUUAUUUGUGAGUAGCACCUUUUCUCGGCUUAUAUAGGUAACUUGAAAGGAGAAUGUUAUAGAACAUUCAAAAUCUGAAAUGCCCACAGAAAAUAGCGCUCGGAUUUUCGCUUUUGCCUUUAAUGAAAUUGUUUUGUACCUAGUUACAUAUGUCCAAAACCUAGGGAAACAGAGAGUGAAGCCUCAUAUCUCCGAUGCAAGAGUAUCAGAAUUUUGUGCGGUCGUGAAUUUUAUAAGCAUCUUCGGGUCUAGGGGAAUCUUGUUGUCCCGACCCAUGUAUACAAACCGAAAGAAUGCUGGUAUGACUUCCGAGAUUUGAUGAUUCAAACGUUUCUGUCUGACUGAAAGUGACCAACUCUAUUGUCAUGGUUUCGAAUUUUGGUAUAUAACAUGUUUAAAGUAUGAGAACAAGAUUAGCCAGUGAAUUGAUAAUUUUGUAGUGUCCAUUAUAUAAGAUAUAUCUUCUCAUAAUUAACUGUCGAA